UCGCUCGAUGCGCACCAUCAUCAUCCCGAGCUCAUCUCUCUUCUUCCUCCGUUCCCCUCGUCGGAAAAGAGGGAGGAAAAAAAUUACCUCCUUCCACAACCGCCGUCCCCCGAGAUGCGCCGCCUAGCUGCUGCUCCUCCCCGCCCACUUCUCCACCCGCACGUAUCCCCCGCGCUCGGAGUCCUGCAACAGCAUGGCCGAGUAGCGAUGGCAAGGACGACCCCCGUAGCAUGCUGCUCCUACCUCCUACCAAAUCGCAGGACGCUCAGCCAGGGCGCCGAAUUCGAACCUCUACGAUCCAGAUCGACCGAUCGGGACCGGGGCUCCGCAAUGGCCCGAGCGAAGCCCGUAUCCGCGAGCGGCGGCGAGGCGUCGCCGGAUGGCGGCAUGAACCCGUUCGCCCCGCUCGUCGAGCUGUGGCGCCGGACGGUGCAGCCGCUAGGGGACUACGGAUUCGGCAAGCGCAGCGUUUGGGAAGGCGGCGUGGGGCUCUUCAUGGUCUCCGGGGCGGCCCUGCUGGCACUCGCGCUCGCGUGGCUCCGGGGGUUCCAGCUGCGCUCGCGCUUCCGCAAGUACAGCGCCGUGUUCGAGUUCAGCCAGGCGUGCGGGAUCUGCGUUGGCACGCCCCUCAGGAUACGCGGUGUCACCGUCGGGAGCGUCGUCCGCGUCGACUCUUCACUCAGGAGUAUUGAUGCCUAUGUUGAGGUUGAAGAUGAUAAAAUUAUUGUGCCCCGUAAUUCAUUUGUUGAGGUGAAUCAAUCUGGCCUCCUAAUGGAGACAAUGGUCGAUAUUACACCAAAAGAUCCACUCCCAACACCUUCAGUUGGUCCACUGGACGCAGACUGUUCCAAAGAAGGCUUAAUCCUCUGUGACAAAGAGAGAAUGAAAGGACAACAAGGAGUAAGCUUAGAUGCAAUGGUGGGUAUAUUUACCCGUCUAGGAAGAGACAUGGAGGAAAUUGGUGUUCAUAAAAGCUUCAAGUUAGCAGAAAAGGUUGCAUCUAUAAUGGAAGAAGCACAACCUCUCCUUUCACGGAUUAGGUCAAUCAUAUCGCUGUUGCAUACCUACCCUGGCACUGGCUAGCAUGCUUGGCCAGUACUGUUUCAGGACCAUCAUCGAGAAGAAGGGACCUCCACUCAGUUGGAAUGUGGUGUUUGGUUUUUCUUCUCUGUUUGCGAAAGGAGGGUGGCUGAUGCUUUCUCCAUACAUGCAGUUUUCUGGACGUUAACGUAUUUGCAGAAAAUAGAGAAAUAUGGUGGUCACUUGUUCUGCCAUUAAAUUUCAUAAGCAUCAACUUAAAAUGUUAGUGAUGGAACAGAUUGAAGCAUUAGCUGAAGAAGUUCAACCUUUGCUCUCGAAGGUGGGUGAUAGUGAUCUGGUGAAGGAUGUGGAGACUAUAGCUAAAGGCCUGGCUGACGCAUCUGGUGAUUUAAGGUAGUGCUUUUAAGGGCAUCACUUGUUGUAAUAUAUUCCUUGCACAAAUCAAACUUGAUUUUAAUAAAAACUUGCUUUGCAUUCCGAAGAGGUAAUACUGGACCCAAAAUAUUUUGUUGGAAAGAAGCAGAGUAAAUAUAAGGGUGAAUAUAGACUGCUUGAUUAGAUCACUGUUCUCAGGGGUAAGCAUGGAAGACUUCAACCUUCUGCACAAGGACAGGUAAAAUACAAAGAGUGAAGGUCAUCUACCACUUCUUGCAUACUGUACUACAUUCCAAAGGUUAUAGGAAAGCGGAAACAGCAGUUGCUAUGAUUUCCAAUGCAGAUAACACUGCGUUUGGAUGUCUUCAUUGGAGCCCAGGAAAUGGAUUUGGUAAUCAUCUAGGGUCAAUACGGACGUUUGGCUGGACACCAAAUUCGUAUUGGAAAUGAAAGAGCAAUUCAGGCCCGUUUUCGCUCCGUGAAAAUCUUCCUCCCACGUUUCGGAGGGGUGGCGCUCCGAAUUGGCCCGAUUUCGCUAUCUCCCGCAAAACUUACCGCUUCAGCCCACGAAAGAGAAAUAGAAGGCAGCGAAGGGGAAUGAGAGGGGCGAACUCGAGCACUGACCUAGGUCGUGCCGGCGGCGACCUAGUAGCAGGUGGCGGCGGCGACCACCACGGCGGCCGGCGGCGGCGCAGUCCCGCCCCUCCCCUCUUCCCCACCCCAUUUCCCGUCGCCCCUCGCCAUCUCCCGUCGCCCUGUGCUGCGCCCCGCCAUGGAGGUCGACGGCGGCCCAGGACCGGCGCGCCCCGUCGUCAGCUCCGCCCUUCUAGCCAGGUGUGGCCGUCGUCCUUGCCUAUCGUUGCCUGGCUCAAGUCCUCCUUUGUCCACGAGUUGCAGCUCCUUCUAUACAACACUCCACCAUUACGUAUGUACGAGCUGCUCCUCUUUUUGUGCAGCCACAACACUGCUCCACCAUGGAUCCAUGGCUACGGCCUAGAUCUUCUUGUCAAACCCCUCCAAAUCAUGAAAAUCCCUCUAUCUUUGCACCAUUUUUAAUUUUUUCCAGUUUUAUCUACUGUGCAGAUCAGGGAAGUUUUGUUGAUUUCGCUUUUCCUGAUGUAUUUUUAGAAUAUUUAUUUAUUUUCGUUGCUAUAUAUUCAUUCGUAUUCAGAUUACAUUUUUGAGUCAUGUAGGGCAAGGUAUAACCUGGUAAGGUAAUGUAGCUAUACAAUUCCAAAGUUUGUCAUCCAAACAUGAUUUGGUAUUGGAAGCUCAGAGGCAUUUCAAGGGCCAAUUCACUAGACAACCAAACAGGUGAAUUCGUAUUCGUGCCAUUUCAGUUUCCUCACUGAUUUGGAAUUCGGACCAAUACAAUACGGAGCUCCCCAAUGGAGACAUCCAAACGAAGCGUGAAGAACAUUGAGAGUAUCAGCUCGGACAUCUCUGGUUUCACCCGCGAGGCGACACGGCGGAACAUCAAGCUGCUGAUCAAGUCCCUCAGCAGACUAUUGUGACCCCUCAGUUGAACUGAACAGCGUGGAUAUGGGUAGAGUAGGCCAUCCGUCCUGAUGGGGUCGGAGCAUCUUUAAGAAGAUAAGCUGAGUUUUUUUUUUCUGCAUUCUUGGCAAGAAAAGCAGUAUUUAUUGUUGUCGUCGAGUUAUGCUAGGCCCAUUUUUGUUUUGUGUUUUGUGCAGCACGGUUGUGGUUGAGCAAGUGUAAACAAGGAAUACUCCCAUUGUUUC